ACCCAACCACAGCAGCCCUGCAUGAAGAGUUGGUGUACACAGGGCCCUGUCCUCCCAUCCCCAGGACAAGAACAAAGCAGACGGCGAGAUGCUGGCCAUGUCGUCCAAUCCCACCACCCUCCUGGGCCUCAGCGCUGGGCGUGUUUCUCACUGGGCUUCUCUUCCAGUGCUCUGCCUGGGCCAGGUGAUCCACAUGCAAAACGGGCGCCUGCCCAGACCCUCCAUCAGAGCCGAGCCAGGCCCUGUGGUCGCCCGGGGGCGGCCUGUGACCAUCCUGUGCGGGGGCCCUGCUGGGGUUCACAGAUUCCGCCUGGAGCAGAAGGAGAAUACAUCUACAUUCAUGGAUCAGAAAAAUAUACCUCAACGUGGUUCACUGGAGACGGAGGCCAGAUUCCUCAUCCCCGCAGUGAGUGAAGUCACUGCUGGGCCUUAUCGCUGUGCCUACAUGAAAGGGUCCAGUUGGUCUGAGCGCAGUGAGUUCCUGGAACUGAAGCUGAAGGAUGAGCCAGUCCCCGUUCUGCCCUCAGGAGCCCCCCAUGAAGUCACACACCCCCACACAGAAGCAGGCUCCCAGACAGCCCCUGCCUCCCGGAAUUACACGGUGGAGAACUGUAUUCGCAUCAGUCUGGCUGGUGUGGUCUUGCUGAUCCUGGUGGCAAUUCUGGCAGAAGCUGGGCACAGCCAGCGCAGGUCCCCACACGGAACUCGGGAGGGCGCCCACCAGAGAGAUUAGACCCCAGGGUCCCAGGGGACGGCCCCAGGGCUCUAAGACUCACACCUGUCACCCACCUUACCCAGGGGCUCAAACCGCACCUGUCCUGGGCAUCCCUGCACCCACUUCUUGUCUUCCUGGAAUGAUCUCUGCCUUCCUUGAUCUGUGGUCCUUGGGUCCCCAGUGUCUUGGAUCAGAAGUCCAGAGAAGAAAAUGCAAACAAAAGCCGCAGUGAGCUAUCACUUCACACUCACCAGGAUGACUGUGAUUUUAAAAAAUAUAAUUUAAGGGGGAAGGGGCAAGUGUGUCAAGGAAGUGGAGGAACUGGAACCUGUGUGUACUGCUGGUGGGACUGCACGACAGUGCAGCCACUGGAAGGUGAUGUGACAGUUCCUGAAAACCUUAGCCCAGGAUCACCUCAUGACCGAGAAAAGAAAUGGUCCAACACUCAAAGAAAUGACAGCAGGGCCUCAUGUGUCAUUGCUCUCACGCCCACAGCAGUCAGCAUUCACAAUAGCCAGUAUCAUCCAUCACCAGGCUUCUCAAAGGUGGGGGACAGAAGCAGAUGAUCAGUGUGAGUGAUGCUACACGGGAAGGACUCACCGGCAGGGGUGGCUUUGAGGACAGCGGAAGGGGCCACAUGUCAUGGAAUGAGGGGCCUCCAGACCCUGGAAAGACAAGGAACUGACUUUCCCCUGGUGUCCCCAGGAAGGAACACAGCCCUGCAGACACCUGGAUUUCAGCCCAGUGAGGCCCAUUUCAGACUCUGACUCCCAGAACCAUAAGAUAAUAAAGCGUGUUGUGAGCCACCAUGCUUGUGCUAAUUUGUCACAGCAGAAUGAGGAGUCUCAUACACCUGGCAUCCGACACUCUGUGGUCUCAGGAGGCCCCCAAUCUUCUGGAAUCCAGUUCCUGGGCAGACAGACCCUGACUCCACCCGGUGACAUCUCAUCAAACCUCUGACCACCAGAGUCGGAAGCCCAGCCAGGCACACAGUGGGCUCCCGGGUCUGGAGGCUGCGGCUUCACUCUGAGGCACUGCCUUGGGUGGGCUGUACCUGCGCUGGGCCCCCGUGUGGCCGG